AUGGAGGUGACAUCUAUCGCAUUUGCCUCGCACUGUUUCCUGCUCCGCCUGCUCAACCUGCAAACAAACCCUGCCCGCCGGGUUGCGCUGGGCUCCGUUCCUCCCGCACAAUUCAAUUGCCAAAAAUACUCUGGCUAUGUCGGCAGGAUUCUGUUUGAGACUGGUGCCUUAAUAUGGGUGUCCAGAGCCUUGCAAAUGUUGCGCACUCCCGUUUCAAGUGGUGAUGCAACUGAGCUCACAGCCAAGCCAAAGAGAAGUUUCUAUGCAGCAAGAGAUCUAUACAAGUACCGACACCAGUAUCCGAACUUUAAAGAUCUUCGAUAUCAAAAUGACUUGUGUAAUCUCCGGUUUUACAAAAAUAAAAUCCCCUUUAAACCUGAUGGGGUUUAUAUUGAAGAAGUCCUAAACAAAUGGAAAGGAGACUAUGAAAAACUGGAACAUAACCACACUUACAUACAGUGGCUUUUCCCACUGCGGGAACAAGGUCUCAACUUCUACGCUAAAGAACUAACUACGUAUGAAAUUGAGGAAUUCAAGAAAACAAAAGAAGCAAUUAGAAGAUUUGUUUUGGCUUACAAAAUGAUGUUGGAGUUUUUUGGGAUAAAGCUGAUUGAUAAAACUGGAAAUGUAGCACGAGCUGCAAACUGGCAAGAAAGAUUCCAACAUCUGAAUGAAUCUCAACACAACUACUUGAGGAUCACUCGAAUUCUGAAAAGCCUUGGUGAACUUGGAUAUGAGAGUUUCAAAUCCCCCUUGGUAAAAUUUAUUCUUCAUGAAGCUCUUGUGGAAGAUACAAUCCCGAAUAUUAAGCAAAGUGCUCUAGAAUAUUUUGUGUAUACUAUUAGAGACCGAAGAGAAAGGAGGAAGCUCCUGAGGUUUGCCCAGCAACAUUAUACACCUUCAGAGCAUUUUAUCUGGGGACCACCAAGGAAACAGAAGUCAGAAGGAAGCAAAACAAAUAAAAAGCCAGCAUCGCCAGCUUCUGUUCACAAUAGUUGCAUUUCUAAGCAUAAAAAACUGAAAGAUCCUAAGAAUAUAUCUGCAAGUGGAAGCUCAGCUAGUAAAACAGUUGAAGAAAAAAACGCAGAACUCACAAAAAAUGGGGAAGGAAAUGAACGGGAUGAACAAGAAGUAAACUGUGAUGCUGUUAUGCAGAACAGCAGCGAAAAGAGCAGUGAUACUGAUACAACUCAACAUGCAAAAUCAGAAGAAAUUCAUGAUACAUCAGACAGAAAGGAGGACACUUGUUAUUCCAGAAAAGAUGAUGAGAAUCUGAACAAUGACUAUAGAAGUCAUCCAGGUACUGUAGAUAAAGAUUUAUGUGACAGUGAGAAUUGUUUGAACAACAUGUCAGCAGAUCCACAAGACAGCCUUGAUAAGGAUACACUUUCUGGGGAGACCAACACAAAAAAAAAAGAUGAGAUAAAGUCAUGAGUCUGCAGUUAAAAUCUGUUGUUUCAUUUUGAAUGAAGCAAAUUAUUCGCUACUCCUUCAUUUUGGGUG